AUGGUUCUUGCCACGGGCAAAGCAGAUGCAGACACUAUCGGAGCAAAAUGGGCCGCUGCAACGCCGGAAGGAGUCAUCGAGCAUGCUGCGAAGACGAAUUUGAUGUUCGCACCUGGGCAACGGGCGGGGUGCGCCGUUGUGAACUAUUACAACAAUCUCACAGGAUCCGAUCUGAACUGGAGUCAGCUUACGAUGGAUCAGAUCUUGUCUCCGCUUUGCAUGACACACAGCUUCUUUGGCCCGAUCCCGGAUGCGCUACUUCCAGAUAUUGGUGUACCCGGAGGCCCUAAUUGGGCAGACCUCGUGGUGGGCCUUGGAUAUGAUCCUGCAGCUGGCAUGUGGCCCAACGUAGCGCUACCAGACGGGAAGCAACUUGUAGGACCCGGUUGGGAAAUAGACUUGUUCGAUGUGCCAACCUCAGCCAAUGCGUCUGCGACCAACAAAACAUAUGCAUCAUACGGCAAAGCUGGCGAUGGAGGAGGCUGGCACUCCUGGAUCGACCUGAUUCCUGACUUGGGAUAUGGACUUGUAAUUCUUACGCAAGUGUCCGGAUCUGCUGAUUACGUUUCCAUCUCGCCGUCGGCUCUGAAGGCUGAAUUUCAUCAACACCUCAUGCCCGCAUUUGCGGAGGCGUUGACGAGCCAAGUGGAGAAACGCUUCGCCGGAUGGUACGGACAAGGAGAGGACAGUGGCCUGAUUGCAGAUGUGGUCAAGAACAACGGGACGAACUCCACAACCUACGCAAAAGUCGAGCUUGAGGGCCAAAUUCUAUACCUGCGGGAGCUCGUCGUGAACGGCAGUAGCGCAUUGGAAGGUCUAGAUCGCCUCAGCUGGACAGACGAUUACCAAGGGAGAUAUUUCUCCACGCCUGCCGGGGUUGCGUUGACGCCGGCAGAGGGUGCGGCAGAAAACGAGCAAUUUGGACCGGGCACUCAGGUGUGGAGAAUGAUGAUUCCUGGGCUUGACGUUUGCGACUGGUUUGAUUUUGACGGGUGA